AUGGCCCUAGUCCUGAUGGUUCUAGUCCUGCUGGCCCCUAGUCCUGCUGGCCCUAGUCCUGAUGGUUCUAGUCCUGAUGGCCCUAGUCCUGAUGGCCCUAGUCCUGAUGGCCCUAGUCCUGAUGUCCUACAGGCCCCAGCACUAAUGGUCCCCAGUCCCACAGGCCCCAGCACUAAUGGUCCACAGUCCCACAGGCCCCAGCACCACGGUCCCCAGUCCUGGUUGGCAGGCCCCAGUACCACGGUGGUCCACAGUCCCAGCCCCAGUACCACGGUCCCCAGUCCUCAUAGCACCAGUACCAAUGGUCCACAGUCCCCAGGCCCCAGUACUAAUGGUCUCAGUCCUUACAGGCCCCAGUACUAA